AGCUGUUUCAGUUCACCCUUCUGCCCAACUCUAGCAAACCCUAGUCUCGCCAGGAGUGUUGACUCAAUUACGGCCAGUGUUAGCGAAUCAUAGUUGACUUCGUGAGGGGUAAAGGGACUAUGGAUAAUAAACCAUAAGGUGAUAACAAUGUGGGGAUCCUAGAUGAUUUGCGGUGCAAGAGAUCCGAUGGGAAACAGUGGAGAUGCACUGCAUUGUCUAUGCCCGAUAAAACGGUGAUGUGAGGAGGAAAAGAGGAGCGGCCGGGGAGAGUUGGGAAAGGGUUUCGUUUUAGGUUAUAUAUAUAGUCCUGGUGAGACCGAGUGAGAGGUAGGGUUGGUUUAGGGUUUAAUUGCCUGGGGUUAUUUUGGGGAUUUCAUAAUUACGGGUGAGUUUAAUCCAAAACUCAGUUAACGUCUUUAACUUCCUCAUGUUAUGUCAAAACUCCACAUCGUUUGGACCGAGAGUUCACAUUUUUAGUCCUCAUCGAUUUUACGGUGGAAUUUGACAAAACUUUCCAAGGGUAUAAUAGUCAUUUUGACUUUUGGGAAGAGCGGGUUGUAACCUGUGGGUCGAGGCCCAAGAAGUCCCUGAUGAGGCCCAGCCGAAUGGGAAAAGUGACCAGCAGAAGAAUAAUAGGGUCGGCCCCCUCUAGUUCGACCGCCGCCACGAGAUCCUCGGCCCCUGCCGCCGCACAUGCCUGUGUUGCUGUAGAGGACUGUCGGUGAGUAGCCAUCGGCAAGAAAGCGAUGCUGUCAAAGUCGAGUUUCUUCAUUGAGGAGGAGACCAUGAAAAUCGCCGAAGGAGAUGGGUUAGGGCCGUGCCUCAAGCACUCGAACAAAAGGAAGGAAGGACUCGCCGAGUCCUUUGAGGCAGCGGGCGACGAGAUCGUCGUUGGAGAUGGGAUGGCCGAGGGCGGCCAGACUGGUCGAAAUCUCCUUUGCACGAGCAAGAUACCUCUCUGCAGAGUCAGUGCCGCAAGUGAGAGUGUCAAAGCGAUCUUUGAGGUGGCAGAUGCUGUGACGACUGGCGGAGCCGUAGGCUGUGGCUAGACGGGUCCAAGCAUCCAACGCAGAUGUGCACCCCACCAAUUGAGAAUGAACGACAUCGGUCAAAGACAUAACAAGCCAAGACAUAACAAGUUGAUCUCUUUUGUACCACACAUCAUACGCCGGAUUGGAGACGUUGUCGGCAAGGUAGCGAGGAGGAGCCGGAGAAGACCGUCAACGUAUUGAGCAAGAUCGAAGCUAUUGAGAAGAGGUAGCAACUGAAGUUUCCACAGGAGGUAAUUGGUGGGGGAGAUUUUGAUGACAAUAUGAGGUGGAGUGGGAGGGAGGGCAGGUGGCGGUGGGGAAGAAGAGAGGUGGCCGGCGGUCUCGGGGGUAGAGGAAGGAGAAGACGUGCCACUGGACAAGGUGGACAGAAAGAGAGAAGAUAGAAGAGGAAGAAAAAAAAUAGGAGAAGAGAGGAUUAGGAUGCCGUGAAGCAGGGAAGCUCUGAUACCAUGAAAUAUAAGGUAAUUCUUGAU